AUGAUGCGCAUGCGUUCGGUUCGUUGCAAAGAGUACGCACGCGAUUAUUGAAAAACACUGAAAACAUAUUCGAACGAAUAUUACGUACGACAUUCGAUUCGGAAAACAUAAAAUCGUAUUCGCAUAAAAUGUGAAGAAAAAAAAAUCGACGACGAAAAAUUUGACAAAACAAAAAAACCAAGCGAAGAGAAGAAAUAUUCAUCAAAGGAAAAAAAUAAAUAAAUAAAAUUAAAUAAAAACAUUGAGUUUGUAGUUUCGAUAAAUGUGUCAAGUGGCUAGUGUUUGAAUUGAUUUUGUGUGAGACGCGCGAUUACGCGAUUUUUUUCUAUUCAAAAGACGGAAGAAAUACAGCGACAACAGAAGGAAAACACAAAUAACGAAAAACUACACAACAACAAGAGCGAGCUAGAAAAAUAUAAGAAACGCCGCAGUAGCAGCAGAAGAAUAUAUAUGUAUAAAAUUUGAUAGCCAUUGCGACAAACUCUAAUUCCACUGCACCGAUAAGAAGAUAAAUAAAAGAAGUAUUUGUUUACAUAAUUAGAAUAAUCGUUGUCGUAUGCAGUGCAUGAUAAACACUUCAGCAAAUAAGUCCGUGAAGCCUUCGAAUGUGGAGGCAAAUAGUACGAGAGCCGACUAGCGCCAGAAUUUAAGAAAAUCUUCUACUUCACUCAGCCACGCGAGAGUGCUAUUGAAGUUGACGACUUCCAAUUUGCACAUUCAACUCAUAUGAUCGACGAAUGUUGGUUUUUAUUUCGUCGCAAUCAUUUUGUUUGCCCGAAAUAAUCGGUGGCAUUUGACAAAAGAAAGUGGACACUGUGCAUAGGAAUUUACGAACCAAUUCACAGUUUUCAAUUGUUGUGGAAAUGCAAUUUCAAGUGUUUGAAUUGACUGCUAUAGUGUGAAACGAACUAGGAAAAAAUGGAUAAUUGUUGAAUUUUCAAAAAAAAAAAAAAAAAAUUGUUGUUUUGAACCCAAAAAGUAUGAAGAAAAGUUUUCUAUUUGUUCUCAAGCAGUGAUACCCAAAACCGAAAAGUAAAACUCUCAACGAACGAUCAAUCGAAUUCAAAGAAAAAGUGUUCGAUCGGCUUUUUUUUUUUUUUCGGCUAUCGAUAUUUGUGCGUAUUCCGUUCCAGUGGCUCACGAUAAUCUGAUCAGUUUCGAAGGAUCACGGUUUCGUGACCCGUUGCCAAGUAUUGGUGAAGCGGUAUCAGAGAAGCACAUGGGCGUGUGUACUGAAGAGCGCCCUGUGAUGCAUUGGCAGCAGAGCGCAAGAUUUCUGGGUCCAUCGCGAGAACGAAGUCCCACAUUGCCCGGUUCGUUGGCUGGACAAUGUGCUGCAGCUAAUAACAAUCACCCGUUACAUCGACCGUGCGCGUCAUGCUCAACCGACCUGUGCGAACAUCAUGCGACCAAAACAUUCGGUCCCAGUCCCAUAUUCAAUGAAUCUUGUCGAAGUUACGAAACAACGGAUCGAUCCAUAUUUGAUGAAUCAGGCAUCGGAUUCACAGACUCGCACAUUGACAAUCGGAUAGAAUGCACGGAGCUGGUGAAUAGCGGGAAAACGUAUGUUCAAAUGAAAUCGGAACCAGGCGGCGGUGCCAGCAGCCCCGAAUCGUCCGCAGAAACCGGCGGUGGACCCGACGAUUGUGCUGGAUGCGGCCGUUUGAUACAGGAUCGAUUUUAUCUAUCAGCUGUUGAGAAACGAUGGCAUGCUGCAUGCCUUCAGUGUAAUGUAUGCCAGCAACUUCUUGAAGGUGAAACGUCAUGUUUUUCACGUGGUGGAAAUAUUUAUUGCAAAUCGGACUACUACAGGUUGUUCGGCCCAAAAAGAUGUGCACGUUGUUUGGCCUCGAUAAGUUCCUCAGAGCUCGUGAUGCGUGCUCGCCACUUAGUAUUUCACGUAAGAUGUUUUUCAUGUACCGUGUGCAAUUCACCGUUAACGAAGGGCGAUCAGUUUGGUAUGCGUGAUUCGUUAAUCUAUUGUCGAUCACAUUAUGAAAUUGCAUUGGAAUCACCGACAACGACAUCCACACCGCUGGGCAUGACAUGCCAGUAUUCACAGUACGGAUCAUCACCGAAUGGUCACACAAGCCCAAGUAGCAGCGAAAAUGCGGCCAUGAAAAUGGGCCCAUCGAGCGGCUACUUCGGACCGCCAACACCGCAUUCAAUGACCGGUGGUUUACCACAAACGCCACGCCAAAAAGGACGUCCACGAAAACGAAAACCAAAAGACAUCGAAGCGAUGACCACAAAUUUGGAUUUGAACUCGGAGUAUUUGGAGUUGGGUUUUGGACGCGGUGGUCCAUUGAGUGCGGCAUCACGAGCUAAACGGAUGCGAACCUCAUUCAAACAUCAUCAAUUACGAACCAUGAAAUCGUACUUUGCAAUCAAUCACAAUCCCGAUGCAAAAGAUCUGAAACAAUUGUCACAGAAGACUGGAUUGCCUAAAAGAGUUUUACAAGUUUGGUUCCAAAAUGCAAGGGCGAAAUGGCGGCGCAUGAUGAUGAAACAAGAUGGAAAAGGUAGUGAUAAAGGUGACGGUUCACUAGAUUUAGAUAGCUACAGUCAUAGCCCAACAUCGUUUAUAAUGGGGGUCGGACCACCCAGCCCUAAUUCAAUUGAUUAACAGUUGAAUUUAAGGCAAUGCUUAAUCGGAUUGAUCUCAUUGCACGAACGAAUUCUAUAGCUACAAUCAGCUGAUGUGUGCCGUUUGUAUGCACUCGCAAAAUAUAAGUAAAUCACAACACUAAACUACCAUAAACAAAGUACAUCAAACAGAAGAAGAAUAAGAAAAAGAAAAGAAGCCAACACAAACACACAACCAAAUACAUAUAUACACGAGAGACCACAACAACAACAACAAUAACAACAAUAACAUCACAUGGGAAGCAAAUCAAGCAGGAUGGAGUUUAUUUAGGACAAAUGACAAAUAAGUAUGAAUGAAACACGGCAUGCAAAAUAAACAUAAACAUAAACUAAACCGAUCAGAUCAUGCAACGAUUUAAAGUAUUUCAAGUACCCUAGUUCAGUUUGGAACGUGUAUCGCACAUUUUGUGCGAUUUCAAAAUAAAUGAGAAUUGUUUUUUUUCUCGUAAUUUUCUUUCAAUUUGGUCGUUUUGGCUAGAUAGUUUUUAUUUUUAUUGGAAGGGCACUAUUCGCACUACACUAGAGUUAUUCAACAUUUAUUCAAACAAAAACGUAAAAGAAACAAGAAUCUAGCGAAAGCAGGCUAUUUAUUUUUCCAAAUGUCAAUCCGUCGAGAAGACGCAAAAAAAAAAAAUUUUGUUUUAAGGAUAAUUCAGGGAUAUCAUUUUUCAAAUCAUCGUAUGGCCCUCUUUUUACACUUGUAUCAAAUGCACAGCGUUGAAAUUGUUGCCACACAGCCACAUCCUUAUCAUUAGAAAAAAAUUUAGUUUCGCCACAUUGAAUCGCACGGGUGAACUGAAUUCGAAAUGUAUUCCUGUGAAAUUCAGAGACCAAACCUAUAUUCUAUAUUUCGAUCAUCAUACUACUUAAAAAAAUAUCGCACAACAAUUGCGCACUCUAACUCGCACCAGCAACAAAAACACACACACAAUAUAGAAUCGACAAUGGACGAAAAAUCAGUGAAAGUUUUUCUUUUGUUUUAAAUUGUACGUUUAAUUUGUAAUUUAUUUUAAAUCCUAUUUCCUUCUCCACCC